UAGGACCUCUACGGGGAGACGUUCACAACAUUCAAGAUGGCGGCCGCGGUGGGUUCCCUCGUUUCGUAUGAUUCCAAUUCAGACUCUGAUAAUGAGACAGAAUCUACACCAGCGCCACAAAAAAUAGAUCCAGAUGCGUUUGCACACAUGCAGCCUCUGAAAUCUAGGAAAACGACGUCUUUGGUUGUUCUUAACUCUGCUCCUGAAGUCGCCGUGAAGGAGGAUGUCGAGACUGGCAUUCAUCUGGACCCCUCUCUCAAAGAAGUCAACUACAACCCCUCAUUUGAAACUAUGUUCGCGCCAGAGUUUGGUCCGGUUAACCCAUUCAAGACGCAACAAAUGGCGGCUCCCAGGAACAUGCUGUCGGGAUACGCAGAGCCAGCGCAUGUCAACGACUUCAUGUUCGAGCAACAGAGGAGGACGUUUUCCACCUUUGGUUAUGCCUUAGACCCUUCAGUGGACACUACUGAGGUGUCCAUCAGCAAUUACAUCGGUGCUGUGGACGAGGCUGAGAAAAACAAAGGACAGACCGUGUUUGAGACGGGGCCGAAGAAGUCGGUGAAGAGGACGAAGGUGAAGGGAGGAGACGCGUCAGACCUGGACGGGUUUCUGGGGCCGUGGGCCAAGUACCAGGAUGAGAAAGAUGGGGCCAAACCCUCAGAGGAGGAACAGAAAGAGCUGGAUGAGAUCCUCGCAAAACGACAGAAGAAGGGAAGAAAUGAGGAAGAGGCUCCAGGGGAGGAGAAGACUAUUCUUCAUGUUAAGGAGAUGUUCGACUACCAGGGCCGCUCCUACCUGCACGCGCCUCAGGAUGUGGGCAUUAACCUGCGCUCGCCGGAGGCACCUGAGAAGUGCUACCUGCCCAAGAAACAGCUGCAUGUAUGGACUGGACACACAAAGGGGGUCAGUGCGAUCCGUUUGUUUCCUGCCUCUGCUCAUCUGCUGCUCUCCGCUUCCAUGGACUGUAAGAUCAAGUUAUGGGAGGUCUACGGCGAUCGCAAAUGCUUACGAACAUUUAUUGGUCACAGUAAGGCGGUGCGUGAUGUCUGCUUUAAUAACACCGGCUCCCAGUUCCUCAGUGCAGCCUAUGACCGCUACCUGAAACUGUGGGACACAGAGACCGGUCAGUGUAUAUCACGCUUCACCAACAGAAAGGUUCCCUACUGUGUGAAGUUCAACCCAGACGAGGACAAACAGACCCUGUUUGUGGCUGGCAUGUCUGACAAGAAGAUUGUGCAGUGGGAUAUCCGCAGUGGUGAGGUGGUGCAGGAGUACGACAGACACCUGGGUGCGGUCAACACCAUCACGUUUGUGGACGAAAACCGGCGCUUCGUCAGUACCUCAGACGACAAGAGUCUCCGCGUGUGGGAGUGGGAUAUUCCUGUGGACUUCAAGUACAUCGCUGAGCCCAGCAUGCACUCUAUGCCAGCUGUCACACUCUCACCCAAUGGGAAGUGGCUAGCUUGCCAGUCCAUGGAUAACCAGAUCCUGAUUUUCGGGGCUCAAAACCGCUUCAGGCUCAACAAGAAGAAGAUCUUCAAGGGCCACAUGGUAGCGGGGUACGCCUGUCAGGUCGACUUCUCCCCUGAUAUGAGUUAUGUGGUGUCGGGUGACGCGGAUGGGAAGUUGAACAUCUGGGACUGGAAGACGACUAAGCUGUACCACCGCAUCAAGGCCCACGAUAAGGUGUGCAUCAGCGCCCUCUGGCACCCCCACGAGACCUCCAAAGUCAUCACCUGCGGCUGGGACGGACUGAUCAAACUCUGGGACUAGACGUGGACGGAGGGGAGGAAUGGACAGAGGAGGAGGCCAUGGAAGAGGGGAGGACAUGGAAGGAGCCGGAGAAAGAUGGGGAGGACAUUGAGGUUGAUGUUUUAAGAGAUAAAGGGAGAAGGAGCAAGAGAAGAGAAAGUAAAAAAAAAAAAGGAGCAGUGGAGGAGGAAAAAGACAGAUGGAUUUGCAAAAGGAGGCUUUUUUUCUGUCUUGUAUGUCAUGAAAUCAUCCAGCAGGUUUCCCCUCGUCAGCAGCCUGUUUUUCUUCAGUUUUCUUCAUCACCUCCAGCUCUUUUUCACCCCAUCUCACUGUCUUUUACUCAAUGUUUUAACCUCCCCCAUUCUUUCUUUUCUGUUUCUCAUUCCUGUAUUUCUCUCUGUUUCAUUCUGUCUUCAUCUUCGUCCCGUUGUUCCGUCUCUGAAGUCGGGGGUGUUUUCAGGGCUGGCAUCCAGUCCUGGUGUUUGCAGUUCAUUUUACCCCCUCCUCUCUCGCUCGCGCCCUCUCACUCACUCUCUCUCACACACACACACACACACACACACACAGACACCCGGGGGAGUAGGUGGAGGGGCAAUGGAUAUUUUUAGGGUUUUGUGUUGUUUGCCUGUUUUUGUUUUUAUUUUUUUUAAUCUGUUGUAUUUAGCCUUCAAACAGCCGCUGAUCACUGUUUAAAUUCCCACAGUCUCUGCGGUUCUCAGAUGGUAUAUACACACACACACACACACACACACACACACACCAGACUGAACUCUGCUUUUGCCAAUAAAACAUUUUGUACAUUUCCCUUUUAA